AUGUUCUCCGCCAACUUUCAUAAUUUAAUAGAAUUUUCGAAGAAAUUUAAUUUAACAACAUCAACGAUGUUCCUAACACGUUCCGAAUAUGACCGAGGAGUUAAUACAUUUAGCCCAGAGGGAAGACUUUUCCAAGUGGAGUAUGCUAUCGAGGCUAUAAAACUGGGUUCCACAGCAAUCGGCAUUGCAACAUCUGAAGGUGUUGUUUUGGCUGUUGAAAAGAGAAUAACGUCGCCUUUGAUGGAACCAACUACUAUAGAAAAAAUCGUUGAGGUGGAUAGACAUAUUGCUUGUGCUGUUUCUGGAUUGAUGGCUGAUUCUAGAACCUUGAUUGAAAGAGCCCGCGUGGAGUGCCAGAAUCACUGGUUUGUUUACAACGAGCGUAUGACAGUAGAGUCUUGUGCUCAGGCUGUGUCUAAUUUGGCUAUACAAUUUGGAGACAGUGAUGAUGAUAGUGGCACUGCCAUGUCUAGACCAUUUGGUGUGGCUGUUAUGUUUGCAGGUAUUGAUGAGAAGGGUCCUCAACUAUUCCACAUGGAUCCUAGUGGUACAUUUGUUCAGUAUGAUGCUAAAGCUAUUGGAUCAGGUAGCGAGGGUGCUCAGCAAAGUUUGAAGGAAGUCUACCACAAAUCGAUGACUCUUAAAGAAGCAAUUAAGUCUGCUCUUACAAUUCUAAAGCAAGUUAUGGAAGAAAAGUUAUCCGAAAAUAAUGUAGAAGUUGUGACAAUGACACCCGAGUCAUUAUUCCAUAUGUUUACAAGGGAACAACUUGCAGAGAUGAUCGCCGCCAUGCCAGAGUUGCAAUGGAGUGAGAAUAGUUCAAGAAAUACUCUUCAAGACUUUUCUCGUCUACAACUUGGACGACAAACUGUU